UGAGAUGGUGUCUGCUGAGAGGAUCUAUCAGGAGCAGGCGCACGAUGAACUGCUGCAGCAAGUGAGCAACUUCAUGGCUGAAAUUUCGCUUCUUCGACAAGAGAAGGAAGAGAUCCAGAAGCAACAAGAACAGCUUCAGAAUCAGAUGACUACAUGGCAAAUCGAGCAGACUGCAGCAGCCCAACAACAAACCGAGCUUGCUCAAAAACUCCAACAAGACGUCGAUAAUGCCAACGCCUCGAUUUUGUGCCUCGAGGAAAUGCUUCGCUUGAAAACUGAUAAAAUUGCCGAGGUUAGCAAGACGCUGGAGCACGAAAGGACCGAGCAGGCUCAAGCUACAGCAGUCAACCUUCAGCUGGGCGAAGAUCUCGAAAAGCUGAUGUCGCUGAAGGUUUCCCUGGAAUCGGAACUAGCCACGGUAAAGGCACAAUGCGAGGAAAUUGUUGUGGAUCGUGAAGCCGCCGAAAACGUCUUCCUGCAGGCAAAGGACACCAUCACCGAACUGAAGGAGCAACUUUCGUGCGCUUCAGAUAAAGAAGACUGCUUGGUAGCGGAAUUGAUCGCCCUCAAGGCUUACCUCACAGUGGUGGAGACAGAAAAGCAAGAAAUCAAGGAAGAUCUCGCUUCAGUUCUUAAGGACGCCGACACUAUGUCUGCCGAGACCAGCAAGUUGGGGAUUGAACUUUGCACGCUCCGCAGCGACAAGUCUUCGUUAGAAGGCCAGGUGACCAAACUUGUUGCUGAGAAGGAGGAGUUGCAGAAGGAAGUGUCGAUUCAAAGGGAUCGAGCCGAUGUCGCCUCGACAGAAGGAGAGAGGCUCAAUACAAAUUUGAGGAUUCUAAAGGAAGAACAGCGGCUGCUCGAGGAGAACUUCCAAGCCCGAGAGAAGGUGAUGCAAGAGCAGGUGGUGUUCCUCCAAGCAGAAGUGGAGCGGCUGAAGGGUGCAUCCCGGAGCCUGCAGCAGGAGCUCGGCAAGGCGCUGAGCGACCUCUCUGCUUCCUACAACAGGGAACGAGAGACCGGGGAGCAACUUCAUAACGUGGCUCUGGAGCUUGAAGAGGAACGCACUUGCAGUGCAACUCUGCACACUCAAAUCGCCAUGGGGGUCCGAGCUCUGACUGAGCUGCAGUCGUCACAAGAGCAGCUGCUGGGUCAGGUGCAAGAAACCGAGCACAGGGAGGCGAGGACUGCAGGGAAGCUGGAGUGCGCGCUGGCAGAGCUGCGUGCCGCAGCUGCCGAACGCACAGACUUGGCCAAGGCGUGUGACGACUUGCGCAAAGCGUCUGAUUUGAAGGCGGAACAAAUCGCCACCUUGGAAAGGAAGGCCAAGAAGUAUGUGGUUGUUAGCCGGGAGCUGGAACAAGAGAAUCGCCAGCUUUGCAAGGACCUCCAGGACUACUCCAAAAAGGAUCGCACGGAGGUGAGCAUACUCCAGAAACGACUCGAGGACUCUUGUGCAGAAGCCCAAAGGUGGAAGAACGACUAUGAAUUGCUGCAGGCCAGGGUCGCACCCUUCCAGUUGCAGCUGGAGCUUUAUGACGUUGAGAGGCGCCACCUGGCAGAGAGAAACCAGGCUACCGAAUCGGAGCUGUCCAAGUUGCACCACAAGUUCUCCGAGCUGAUGGGUCACCAGAACCACAAGCAGAAGAUCCACUACCUCACCAAAGUCACCGAAGAACGGCAGCAUUACCAGGCGGAGGUCCUCAAACUGCAGGAGCAAAACCUCAAGCAGAUGAAGCUGAUCCAAAAGCUGGAGCUUGAAGUCAAACGUUGCUCUCUCAAGCCCCCUCUUGCUUCUCAUAAAGAAAACCUGUUUCCCAAAGAUCCCUCUGCAUGAACUGUGCACUGAUCCGAUUUUGCAUACACCUGUCGCUGCUCCUAUUGUAUGCAUGCAGCCUUCAAACCAAUUGGAAUGGUAUUUAUUAUACCAAGAUUUUUACUGUCAUUUUAUUUUUAGAUCAUAUAUGUGAAUUUUUAUGUGCAGAAUAAAAAGUAUAAGAAAACA